CAUGAAAAUGUAACCGCCAAACAACAGAGACCACAGCAUAGCGAAAAGAAAGCUGGUUCAGUUCAAGCUAUGUCCAUCUCCACAAAUCAAGCUGACCAUGAGCUCAAUUUCACAAAGAAAAAACGAAAAAACAAAGAAAACAAAAUCAAUUUGAAUGAAUUACAAUGGUAUUAUCAGCGAACAUUGAUGUCGGUUCUCAUAUUUGGGUCGGAAAUCCUGAAUCGGUUUGGUUAGGUGGAAUUGUGUUUAAUAUUAGAGGAAAUGAGGCUGAGAUUCAAACAGGCGAUGGAAAAACUAUCGUUGCUAGUUUGUCUAGAGUGUAUGCGAGAGAUGUGGAGGCUCCGGUUGAUGGGGUGGAUGACAUGACUAAGCUGCAUUAUUUGCAUGACCCUGCAGUUCUGCACAAUUUGGCAACCCGAUUUGAGAUUAAUGAAAUCUAUACUUAUACUGGAAACAUUCUCAUUGCCGUCAACCCGUUUCAACGGCUCCCGAUUUUAUAUGAUGCUUAUAUGAUGGAAAGGUACAAGGGAGCCCAGCUAGGAGAAUUGAGCCCGCAUGUUUUUGCCAUUGCUGAUGUUGCAUACAGGGAAAUGAUGAAUGAGCGUAAAAGCAACUCGAUUCUUGUUAGUGGUGAAAGUGGGGCUGGUAAAACAGAAACCACGAAAAUGCUUAUGCGAUACCUUGCAUAUCUGGGUGGCAACAAGGAUGUUGAAGGAAGGACAGUUGAACAACAAGUUCUAGAGUCGAAUCCAGUUCUUGAAGCUUUUGGCAAUGCAAAGACUGUUAGGAAUAAGAAUUCCAGCCGUUUUGGGAAAUUUGUUGAAAUUCAAUUUGAUGAGCGUGGAAGAAUAUCAGGGGCAGCCAUCAGAACAUAUCUUCUUGAGAGAUCUCGAGUUUGUCAAAUUUCAGAUCCCGAACGCAACUAUCACUGCUUUUAUCUUUUAUGUGCUGCGCCACCAGAGGAGAUUGAGAAGUAUAAGCUGGGAAAUCCCAAGUCAUUUCAUUAUCUUAAUCAAUCCAGUUGCUAUAAAUUGGUUGAUGUUGAUGACGCUCAUGAUUAUUUAGCCACUAGAAGAGCUAUGGGAGUUGUUGGAAUAAGUGAGAAAGAACAGGAUGCGAUUUUCAGGGUAAUCGCUGCAAUUCUCCACCUAGGAAAUAUUGAUUUUACAAAGGAGGAAGACAUUGAUUCAUCAGUUGUAAAAGAUGAGUCCAAAUUUCAUCUCCAAAUGACAGCAGCGCUUCUCAUGUGUGAUCCUCAGUCAUUGGAAGAUGCCCUAUGUAAGCGUGUAAUGAUAACUCCAGAAGAAGUCAUUAAAAAAAGUCUCGAUCCUCUUGGUGCAGCAGUUAGCAGAGAUGGUUUAGCCAAGACGAUAUAUUCUAGGUUAUUUGAUUGGUUGGUGGAUAAAAUAAAUGUCUCCAUUGGGCAAGAUCCUAACUCAAAAUGUCUGAUUGGAGUCCUUGACAUUUAUGGCUUUGAAAGCUUUAAAAAUAACAGUUUUGAACAGUUCUGCAUUAAUUUUACAAAUGAGAAGCUGCAACAGCAUUUCAACCAGCAUGUGUUCAAGAUGGAUCAACAUGAAUACAUAAAAGAGAAAAUCGAUUGGAGCUACAUAGAUUUUGUCGAUAAUCAAGAUGUUCUAGACCUUAUUGAAAAGAAAUCUGCUGGGAUAAUUGCCCUGCUUGACGAGGCAUGUAUGUUUCCAAAAUCAACACAUGAGACAUUUUCAGAGAAGCUUUAUAAGACCUUUAAAGAUCAUAAGCGGUUUAUCAAGCCAAAACUGACUCGCACGGAUUUUACCAUAGUUCAUUAUGCAGGAGAAGUUCAAUAUCAGUCUGACCAAUUUUUAGACAAAAACAAAGACUAUGUUGUUCCCGAACAUCAGGAUUUGUUGAGUGCUUCUCAGUGUUCUUUUGUAGAAAGCCUCUUUCCUUCGAUUUAUGAGGAGACCACCAAAUCAACAAAGUUCUCAUCUAUUGGUUCCCAGUUCAAGAUACAGUUGCAGCAAUUGAGGGAUAUACUGAAUUCUACAGAGCCCCAUUACAUUAGAUGUGUAAAGCCAAAUAAUUCUUCGGAACCUUAUGUAUUUGAUAAUGUCAGUGUCAUGCAACAACUACGUUCUGGAGGAGUUCUAGAGGCGAUCAGAAUUAAAUGUGCCGGAUUCCCUGCUCACAUGACCUUUUCUGAGUUCCUGCAACGAUUUGGAAUGCUUGCACCUCAGAUUCGGAGGGGCAACUAUGAAGAGAAGGAAGCAUGCAAAUUGGUUUUGGAAAAGAUGGAGCUCACGGGGUAUCAGUUGGGGUUAACCAAGGUUUUUCUAAGAGCUGGUCAGAUGGUUGAGUUAGAUGCAAAAAGAGCCAGAGCACUUCGUAGCUCAGCAAUAGUUAUCCAAAGGCAGGCUAAAACUUGUGUUUCUCGUAAAGACUUCAUUCUUAAGAGGCAGGCUUCCAUUCGUAUACAAUCUCAAUGGAGAGGGAAACUCACUCGGGAUUUAUAUAAAGAGAUGAAACAAGAGGCAGCUGCUGUCAAAAUUCAGAAGAAUUUGCGGAGACAAAUAGCCUCAAGGUCAUACAAGGGGAUUAAGUCCUCUUCAGUUGUCUUGCAAACGGGUAUGCGUGUAAUGGCUGCACGUAAUGAAUUGAGACAUAAAGAGCAAACUAAGGCAGUAACUUUAUUCCAGGCCAAUUGGCGCACCCGUAAAGCUGUUUUACGCUAUAAGAAGAGUAAGGAAGAAUUAGUUGUUUCCCAAUGCAGUUUGAAGGAAAGAACUGCUGGGGAAGAAGAUCUUAUGAACUCAACAAUGGCAUCAGAAGAAAAGAGCUCACUCCUGGAAAAGAAUGAUAGACUUGAGAGACAAGUGGAGGAACUUACAUGCCAUUUGGAGUCAGAAAGACAACUGAGGAUUGAAUUGGAAGAAGCAAAGGGGCGAGAGAUAGCAGCACUGCUUCAUUCCCUGAAAAUGAUGCAAAACCAAAUUGAUGAAACAAAUGCAGUGCUUUUCAAGGAACGUGAGUCUGCACAGAAAGAAAUUGAAGAACGUCAUACCAAAGAAACAUUGAUUCUCGAUGAUGAUGCUGAGGAGAUUGAGAACUUGAAGGCAUCACUGUGGGAAGAAACACAAAGAGCUGAUAGUUAUGAAAGGAAAUAUUGUGAAUCCCGGGAAUCAAAUGAGAAAAGACACAAGAAAUUAAGAGAAACUGAAAAGAGAGUCUGUCGGCUUCAAGACUCGUUGAACAGGAUGUUGUAUUCCAUGGCAGACCAAUUUGCUGAUCUGAAAAUGAUCUUGCAUACCUCACCAAACUCGAAUUCGACAUCUGGGUCCAUUACAACAAAUGUGCUUGUUGAUGUUGCUUCUGAUAUUUCUGACGAUCUUUCGUCGAGCGACACUGAUUUCUCGUUCCCAGCUCCAUCUUUAUUUCCAGUCUCGGAUAACUUAUCUUCUCCAGAUGAUGCUACUUGCCCAUUGACAGUUCAGGAAAUCUCCACAACAGAAGUCUCAGAUUCUGAUAAGAGAAAUAUUGAAAAGGAUAAGGGCGAGGGCGCGUUCGAUGAUUUCUUCUGAUGUAAUUUCUUGUUAGCUUAGCAAUGAACUCAACUACACCUGAACCGUUACAUCAUGCAUAGCAAUUUUUGCGAAGGAUUCUAUUGAUUUGAUCGACUAGUCAGUCAGGUACUCGUGCCCCAAAGGAAAGAAGAAAAUUAGUUGUAGCUACUGUAAAUCCGCUGCUAAUUCACUAACAUCCGAUGUAAUUUACUUGUCUACUGAAACUGCAAAAACUAUAGCUUCAAACUGGUUUUUAAGAUCGAGUUUACUAUGUUUUUCACUUUUUAAUGUACUAUUAUUAUUGUUA